GUGGCAGACCACGGUCGUGUUCACUUUAGUUUUCUUUCGGUUGUGUGCUUUGUCUUACGUAAGGAGAAAUGGGAUUACUCAACACGGUGCUGUUUUUGGUGUUGCCCAUCUUUUGGUUGGCGUAUACCUACUUCCGUCGGAAGUACUCCUACUGGGCGGAUCGGAAUGUCCCGCAGGUUCCGGGAUCGCUGCCGUUGGGGUCGUUCAAUGGCAUGGGAACCAAGUACCAUUUCACGGAGGUGUUGAAACGGGUGUACGACGAUUACCAUAAGACCCACAAGGCCGUUGGGAUGUACUUGUCGGUGAAGCCGAUUUUGUUUGUGAAUGAUAUGGAUCUGAUCAAGAAGAUGUUGGUGAAGGAUUUCAAUAGCUUUAGAGAUCGGGGGAUGUAUUACAAUGAGAAGGAGGAUCCCCUGUCGGCGCAUCUGUUUUCGAUCGAAGGGGAGAGGUGGAGAUUUUUGCGGAACAAGCUGAGUCCGACGUUCACCUCCGGGAAGAUCAAGUACAUGUACCUGACGAUCUGCGAAAUUGGCGAUGAGUUUUUGGCGUGUUUCGAUAAGUAUGUGGAGCGGAAGGAAGCGGUGGAUAUUAAGCCGUUGGCUCAACGGUUUACCAGUGACGUAAUUUCAUCGGUGGCGUUCGGGUUGAAGACAAACGCGUUGAAGAACGAGGGGUCAAAGUUGCUGGACAAGGGCGAUAAAGUGUUCAAACUUGGACGUUGGGAAACGAUUCGGGUCUUCGCGCUAUUGAGCUAUCGUGACUUGGCCAAGAAGUUGGGUUUGCGGCAAUUUCCCAAGGACGUGACGGAUUACUUCAUGGACGUCAUUCGAGGAACGGUGGAUCAUCGCGAGAAGACCAAUGUGGUGCGGCAGGACUUCCUUCAAAUGCUGCUGCAGUUGAAGAACAAGGGAACAAUCGAGGAUCACGAGGAGGAAUCGAAGGAAAAGAUCACUUUGGAUGAGCUGGCUGCCCAGGCUUUCCUGUUCUUCUUCGCUGGUUUUGAAACGACUUCAACGACUGUAUCUUUCGCUUUGUUCGAACUGGCCAACAAUCCCGAAGUUCAGGAAAAGACUCGCCAGGAAGUUCUUCGCGUAUUGGAGAAGCACGGUGGACACCUCACGUACGAUGCCAUCAAGGAUAUGACCUAUCUGGAGCAGGUCGUCAACGAAACCCUUCGCAAACACCCCCCGGUAGGCAACCUGAUCCGCUUGGCCAACGACCCGUACCGCAUCGACAGCCUGGACACCACCAUCGAACGGGACACCAUGAUCAUGAUCCCGGUCUACGGAAUCCACCACGACCCGGAGAUCUAUCCGAACCCGGACCGUUUCGACCCAGACCGCUUUACGCCGGAGGCCAUCAGCGCUCGCCAUUCGCACAGUUUCCUCCCGUUCGGUGAUGGCCCCCGUAACUGCAUCGGAAUGCGCUUCGCUCUGGUAGAGGUCAAGUUCGGCAUCGCUCAGCUGUUGAGUCGGUUGCGCUUUACCGUCAACGAGAAAACCCAAUUCCCCAUCCAGUACGAUCCGAAGUCGCAGUUUGCCGAGGUGAAGGGCGGCAUCUGGUUGAACGUGGAGCGGCUGUGAGGCGCUGCUGGUUGACGACCGGAUUGCGUCAUUAUGACAACACCCGGCGCGUGAAGAACGAGAGAGAGAGAGAGAAGUAAACUUUGGAUUCUGGAGGCGGCUGGGAGCGAGUAAACAUUUGGAACCGGUGGCGAUCAUCAAUUUUGUUGUGUUCGUCGCGAGCGCUAGCGAGAUGGAUAAUGAUGAUGGGAUCGAAUGGUGAUUGAACAAUUUAUGGCGAAAUUAUUACCGUGUGGAUGUGAUGUGAUGUGAUCGUUAGAAAUAGCUCGCGCAAACAUCGCCCGGUACGAGCAAAUUUGAUAAACUAGAUAAACGUGAAGAGUGUUAAUUUGCAUAAUUUUGUAAAUAAGGUAUUUGAUUAGUGUUAUACUACUGUAGGUAAAAGUCCAUCAAGAAAACUUUGAUAAAUGAUAAUUAUGGUUUUGUCUAGAAUUCAACAAGUACAUUAAAAGAACUUAACGUUCACAGCAAACGUAGCCAUGAAUUCAUAAAAAAACUCAUAAACCAAUAAUAGAAUUUUAUUUAAAGGUUCCAAAGUUAUUUAUAUAAAAGUUUCUUAUAAAAUUUUGGCGACUCGCAAUGAUUAAGAAGAGAUCAUGAAAACAUUCUUGGGCUAAUUACAAAGGAAAAUCAUCGGAGUUUGUAGGCGAUGAAUAGAGAAUAAAACAAUAAUUAAAGCGUAUGCUGCAUGAACCGGAACGAUAUGCGAAGAUUUUAUCACCAGUGGAAAGUGGAACGAUAAUAAAAACUCCUUUUCAGUCCUUAACCUUUCAGUACUCGCGCCAAUUUUUGUAACGCGAGCAGUCGCGUGUUGUACUUUGUACAACACCCAUACAUUCUGAAAUAUCUAAGGAUCCUGAUUGUUUAGAGGAGGACUGUCUUUGGCAAAGUUGUUGUAAAUUUCAUGGGAUACUUGAUGCUGACAAAGUUGAUUCGUAAUACGUCCACUAGGCGGCGCUAGUGAGCAAUAUCAUGUUACACCUUAUAUCUCAGGAUCCUGAUGUCUUAGAAAGAUGAUGUCUUCAACAAAGUUGUUUUGUAGGUACACGGCUUACAGAUUAUUGGUCGUUUAAUUGGAAAUUCCACCACUAGGCGGCGCUAGUGAGCAAAUAAACUUUAUAUCCUAUGUAUCUCGGGAACCUGAUAACUUAGAAAGAUGGUGUCUUCGACAAAGUUGUUUGGUAGGUCAAGUACUUACGGAUGAUUCGCAGUUUAAUUUGAAAUUUCAUCACUUGGCGGCGCUAGUGACAACGUAAAUAUUAUAUAUUAUGUAUCUCUGGACCCUUAUUACUUAGAAAGAUAGUGUCUUCGGCAAAGAUGUUUGGUAUAUCAAGGGCUUAUAGAUGAGUGACAGUUGCGCUAGUCUCAUGUAGCUCAGGAUCCCGAUUCAAAAGGCACGGGACACCGUCUUCAGCCAGAGGCUGUACAGACUGAACAGAACUUAACACUAGACCAUAGACCACGACAUACAUUACAUGCACCAGUGGAUAGCAUGGUGCGGUUACACGCUUGGUAACGCUAACCGAACGGCCACGAAGCUCCACUUUACUCAGAAAGAUGGUGUCUUCGGCAAAGUUGUUUGGUAGAUCAAAGACCAAAUGGAGGAAAAGUUACCUCUCGUGCCGACCUUCUAAAAGAUCGAAAACUUACAGAUAGUUGUCCGUUUGAAUCGUAAUUUCACCACUAGAUGACGCUAGUGAACAUAAAAAAUGGAUAUGCAAUAGUUCUCAGGAUCCUGGUUACUAGAAGAGAGAUGGUGGUUUCGGCAAAGUUGUCAAAUAGGUUAAGUGCAUUUGGUUGAUGGGUCGUUGAAAUCAAUAUUUCGCUAGUAAGUGGUGCUAAUGAGUAUGCAAAUUUUAUAUCUUAUAUUGUCUAUCCGGUUGGAAUCAAGACCGACAUUCAAUCAAAAAUUGCCAUUUUCAUGGUCCACAAGUGUCGCAACUGUUUCGCAUCUAGUGCGCUGUGUUGCUGACAACAACGGGAAGGAUGCGCACUACUUUUGACAUGAUUAAAAAAUGUCGCGAGUUGGGUCGCGUCGCGACUUGAUUGUGCGAAGUCCGGUUUGGUGGCGGCCCGACAAUAUAUCUCCGAGUUUGAUUACCUGGAAAGUUGAUAUCUUUGGCAAGGUUGGUUGGUAGAUCAAGGGCUUUCAGUUGAUUGACCAUUUGAUUCGUGCUUCUGCCACCAGAAGGUGCUAGUUGUAAAUUUGCAAAAGCAUGAAGUGUUAUUAUUCAUCUAGAAAAAAAUCAACGAGCUGUAAAUUUUUAUACUUUCGAAUGUUUUUAAAAUUUGAAAAUUACACAACUAGUUGAUUAUAAUUUGUUUAAAUUUGCACUUGAUUGAUUAAUUUUACAUGAAGUUGAAGCGCUUAGUAAAAUAUUUAAUAUCUGACCGUCGUAUUUCAAUAUACUCUAUCUUAAGGUUGUCAAUGUCACGGGAUAAGUACAUAUAUCCUUUAUCCACCAAACAACAAUGUCGAAGACAUCAUCUUUCUGAGUAAUCAGGAUCUUGAGAUAUAUGAGGUACAAAAUGGGAAUGCUCACCAGUGCCACCUGGAUGUGAAAUUGCACGUCAUAUUUGUCUUCAUCAGUUAGUGUUUGAUCUACUAAACAAUUUUUCAGAAGACACCAUCUUUCUAAGUAAUCAGGGUCCUGAGACUCAUGAGUUAUAAAAUUUGAAUACCCACUAGCACCACCUAGAUGUGGAGUUUCAAAUCAUACGGCUCUCCAUCAGUUAGUGUUCGAUCUACUAAACAACUUUGCAGAAGACAUCAUCUUUCUAAGUAAUCAGGAUCUCGAGAUAUAUGAGUUAUAAUAUUUGAGUACUCACUUGCGCCACCUGGAUGUGGAAUUCUACAUCAUACUUGUCUUCAUCAGUUAGUGUUUGAUUUACUAAACAACUUUGCAGAAGACACCAUCUUUCUAAGUAAUCAGGGUCCUGAGAUGUAUGAGUUAUAAAAUUUCAAUGCCCACUAGCGCCAACUAGAUGUGGAGUUUCAAACCAAAUGGCUCUCCAUCAGUUAGUGUUUAACCAACCAAACAACUUUGCCGAAGACACCAUCUUUCUAAGUACUCAGGAUCCUGAGUAAUAUGGGAUAGAAAAAUUACAUGCUCACUAGCGCCGCCAUUCGGUUGAAAUCUGAAUUUCUCAGAUCACCUCACGAAGGCCCUUGAUAUCCCAAGUAACUUUGCCGAAGACCCCAUAUUUCUAGAUCAUUUAGAUUUUGAAAUACACUAAUUCACAUUCAACUGUCUAUCUUAUCUUAAAUAUAGUACGUUCUUCAUAUUGCGAUUUUCAAAUUUCCGCAUUAUAAGGAGUUAUACUGUUUUCAAAAAAGGUCUUAUAAUAUUCCAAAUAAGAUUCCUGUAGAAUACAUUUGGGGUUGACAUCGAUAGAAAAGAUGGUUUCAAAGGAAUAGUCGAUAAUUCUCAUGUGUUGUACAAGUACAACAGCGCGAUUAACGGAAGGUUAACAACAACGGUUGUCGAACUCAUACUUCUUAUCUUCCCCAUGACUGUAACUGUUACAAUCUGGUAAUCAAUUGGCUUUUAAGAGGUUUUGAGAAACGUCGUAAAACCAAGAUUAUUUUAUUUUGACCUCAUGGUGGUUUUUUGAAUGAAUGCAAUCAGUUUUGUUUUUCCCUAUGCUACUUAUCUGCUUAGAUGGUUUAAAAAGUCGGUACAUGCUCAUCAUGGUGUUUACAAUUCCCUCAAAUCUACCUGACUUUAGAUUUUAGAAUAUAUAUCAUGGGAUGUUUAUGCUACAAAUUAAUCGAGCUUCUAAAAAUCCUACUCUACCAUAAUCUCUACUUACAAACGAAAGUAUCCGCCUGAUCAAGGACUGCAUGCAAGCGAAACAAACAAGAAAAUAAAAACAACAUAAGAAAUAAAUCAAACAAAAACGGUUUGAAGAAUUAAAGAGUUGAAGUUGACAGAAAU